AUGGACAGAUUCGCCAAGCCCGCGUUCGCGAACGACGUCGCGUGCCCGGUGAUUACCAUGCUCGACGGCCCGUGCGCGAUGAGCAGCUGGGUGCAGGGUUACGAGAUCGCCCUGGACCGGGAAGCGCACGCCAUGUACGCGCCGUGGGAGGUGGGCCGGGAGGAUGCACAGGCGCUGCCGGACGAGAUACCGUAUGCCAACGGCUCAGCAGUGUCCCAGUGGGCCUCGGACUGGGGCGAGAGGGGGAACUUGGAACUUGGCGGCGUAUCAUCAGGAUACGGGGUUGUUCUGGCCGAUGUCUGUGGCGUUUGGGUUCAACGAGACGUGGAUGGCACGGGAGGCGAAUGCGUCGAAUGCGAGUUUGCCGCAGCCGCCGCUGGUGUCAGCGGAGGGUUGGUAGGUGGGAGGGUUUCGUGGGGUGUGUUGGAUGUGCUUGGGGUGUUUGCUGUCUGGGUUUUGUGA